CUACACCAGGCAAACGGCCACCGCGCAAACUGGGUACCACACUCGCCAAGUUCUACUGAACCAGCCAGGUUUGCCUGCGUUAGGGGUGUGGGGCUGAGCCCCACACCCUUAAUACAAAUGACACAUAGCACUUGCACUAGAAAGGUGUCGCUGCGCACCGUGUGCGACAAUGACGACACGCUCGCGGCAAUUAGAUUCGUUGUCGACCACGUCGCCACGCCGCUUCGCGUGCGCCUGCUGGACUUCCUGCGGCACUUCCUGGUGGCCAUGUGCGACCCGCACUGGCACUGCGAGACUGGCGGCAGCAGUGGCGGCGGCAGCGGCGGCGGCGACGGCAGCGGCGGCGGCGGGAGCAGCAGGGGCGCGUGCGCGCAUGUUGGUAGCGGAGAGGGUGGGAAAGGCCACGUGGAGGAGGAGAGCGCAGCGCCGCCCAAGAAGCGGCGCAAGGGCGCAGGGUGAGGAGCCGGCUGGUGUCUAGGUAGCGGUCUGCGGUGGGGCUGGCAGGGCAUGUGUAGCGGCAUGACAAGUAGUGCGGCUGUUGAGAACUGUGCUGCGUCUGGCUGCGGUUGGCUCUGCUGUGGCAUCGCAAUCUAGGCACCUGUUUUGGCUAUGUGCCUGUGGAAACCGACCCCGGCUAUGUCCGGGCGAUGAGGCUGUUCGGCCCCAGACUGUGGAGGGGCUCAGCCCCUGUGCGUCACCUCCCCUGGUCCGCCUCCCCCCUCCCCUGGCCCUGCACGCUUUUCUUCGACGCACGGACAGGGGUGUUCCUGGGGGGCUUCGCCCCCCCCCCUGGAACGCUGCGCUGGGGGGGCUCAGCCCAAAAAAGAUGUCACGUCAAUCAAUGUGUUGUAUUACUUGCUGCUUGCUCCUGUCGCACUGCUCCUUGGGCUUGCCACGGGUGAGGCGUCGUGCAAUGCGGUGCAUGGCACGCUGCUUUUGUAAGUGCGUGUAAGUGCACAUCCAG